AUGGUUGAGGAUUCAGUUGACAUGAUUGAGAGUAACGAUGGUACACCUCUUCAUAGGAUCAGAAGAAUCAAUUUAACUACUCCAUUUACAUAUGUUUAUAAAGUUAUUGGUUCGGCUAAUGGUUUGGUCUGCAUAUAUGGGUGGCAAGAACAUAUUACCUGCAUUUGUAACCCUAUGACAAAAAAAUAUGUUUCUCUUCCUACGAGAGAUUAUGAUGGCAAGUAUUCUCACUGUUCUGGCGGAUUUGGUUACCUUCCUCUAACCAACGAGUAUAAAGUUGUGCAAUUGUAUAGGACAUGUACAAAACCUUAUUUUAUAGAGGCUGAGGUAUACACCAUUGGCAGUGGCACCGGGUGGAGAAUUGCUUGGAGGUUGGAUUUGAAUUUUACAUUUCCCCUGGGUACUGUUGAACGUGGUGUGUAUGCAAAUGGAGCUAUUCACUGGAAGGCGGAUAAUAAUAGUAACAGAAAUGUUUUGGUUUUCGAUUUGAUUGAGGAAAGGCUUCGUGAACAUCUUCCACCACCUCCUAUGCCCCCAAAUGGUAUCUGGCUUGAUUAUUCUAUAAGGGAGCUCGGCGGGGUUUUAUAUUAUGCUGUCAAGCUUGUAGGAGGCAGAGGCAGACGCAGACAUUCAGAAAUACGGUAUGAUAUAUGGUUACUGAAACAGAAAAAUGAAAAUCUUGACAUGACAGAGCAGGUAGAACACCAGCCGCUGGGUUGGAGUAAAGAGUUCAGUGUUCCUGGAAAAAAGCCGUUAGCUUUUACCAAGAGUGGUGGUGUUUUAUGUUUCGAUGAAAAGUCCCUCAGUGCAAUGGCUUCAACCUCCCGCGGAUCGAGAAAAAGAAAAGCUUCAACCUCUAAAAAUCUUGUGGAUUCUACUUUCCUUAGGCUAGUAUUACCUCACAAGAACACCUUAAUGUCCUUGAUAGAAAUUGGAAAAGAAGUAUAA